CUUACAUUGAUACAGUCAGCAGUUGUCGCCUAUGCGCCAUAUAACACACAGACACACACACACACACACACACAGAUACACAUUCACAUCAAUGCAUAGACACUUUCAAUGUCUGACACAAAGACACAUGUGACUUCACUUCGUUCUGUACUUUUCAAACCACGUCACAGACACAGAUGAUCUCUCGCCUUCCUUAACGCGAUAAUUGCCCAUGUUUUUUUCUUUUUUUUUUUGGUUUAUUAUUGAGCAGCCCUGUGUGCUCCAGCCCCGUUGUGUGCAAAACCAAUUUCAAGUCCGUGUCGUAGGUGUCGCUGUUGACCAACGUCUGCAUCCGCAGUGCAAAGGAGCGCGUGCGGGCGCAGAGGAGGCUGCGUCUCAAGGCCAUUUUCAAAUCUCAUUGGUGGGCUUGUCAUGUGGUCGGGAGGCAUCCUGACUUACACGGCGAGAUUGUUUUUCCUAUAGAUAUGUCAGCUUACAAAGGACAUCUCUCUCCUCCAAAGAACCGAAGCACCCCCCAAAAUGUCUUUCCCCAGUAGUAGUAGCUCUCCUGCGGCAAACACGUUUUUGGUGGACUCUUUGAUUGGUGCCUGCAGGACGGACACUUUCUACUCCUCCAACGGCAGCAGCAACAUGUACAUGCCGCCCGGCUCAGAAAUGGGAACUUACGGAAUGCAAACCUGUGGACUCCUGCCGUCGUUUGGCAAAAGAGGGGAGGUCGGCCACCAAAAUGUGGGCAUGAACGUGCACUCGUACAUACCUCAGCUAGACAACUGGACUGAUCCGGGUAGACCGUGCAGAAUAGAGCCGUCCAGUCAGAUGACAAACUGUUCCUUCUCACAGAGCAUAAAGGAAGAGGGCAACUGCUGCAUGUACUCCGAUAAGAGAGUGCAGAAAGUCAGCGUGACUGAAGUACCUUCAUAUUCUAAUGUCGCUCCCGAGUCCUGUUCGCCCGACGGUCCAGAAAUCCCGGUACCGGGCUAUUUCAGGCUGAGCCAAACUUAUGCCAAUGGGAAGCAUCAGGAAAGCUACUGCCACGAGCCGCCGAGCCCAACACCAACACUGAUGCAGCUCAGUCGGCUCACCCCGAAACCGCAGUCCACAUCUUCCACCACUUCAUCUUCGUCCUUAGAGGUGGAACGGAAAAGUGAGGAGAUCCUCCAGCUGCACGAGCCGGAAAACUCCAGGACUCCUGUCCCCGCGGAGAGUCCGGAUCCAAAGUCCGGCUGUGAGGAGAAGAGCUGCAGCCUGGAGGCGCCUGUGUCCAGCCCUGAGCUGCAGCAGCAGCAGCAGCAGCAGCAGCAGGAAGGGAAAGUCUGCAAGAGCGACACGGCGACCAGCAACUGGUUAACAGCCAAGAGUGGCAGGAAGAAAAGAUGUCCCUACACCAAGCACCAGACCCUGGAGCUGGAGAAGGAGUUCCUCUUCAACAUGUAUCUGACCCGAGAGCGCCGUCUAGAGAUCAGCAGGAGUGUCAACCUCACCGACAGGCAGGUCAAAAUCUGGUUCCAGAACCGCAGGAUGAAGCUGAAGAAAAUGAACAGAGAAAACCGCAUCCGUGAACUGACCUCAAACCUCACUUUCUCCUGAGCUGCCACGUGACGAGUGCUGCAGGCUGAGGUUUUUAUUUUCAUUUCUAAUGUCUCCCGUGUUCACUCUCAUGGUUCUGGUGUCACUGGGAUUUUACCUACUAUUUCAGCCAAACUGACUCUCAGUCAUCUGUGCCAUGUUGGAGUACAUUGUGUGGCGUCUCGUAGCCGUUUAUUUGUUCAUCAGGGUAACACGUUUUUUUUCUUCCCUUAAAUUUAUUGGAGAAGUCAACUUCUCUCUCUGCCUCUCCCCCCUUUUCUCCUUUCUCUCCGUACAGACAUGGAUGUAUUCUGUUGUGUCGAGGUGGACGUUGCUUUACCUUUUUGUCGUUUUAAAAAAGAAGCACAUUAUUAUUAUUAUUAUUAUUAUUAUUAUUAUUAUUAUUAUUAUUAUUAUUAUUUUUAUUGCUAAUUAU